CCAAUCUCAUCCCAGUAUCCCACGACGCCAGCUAUCCCUUCAAAGCCGCCGCCACCGCGGACACGGCUAGGCGCCCAGGCACCAAUGCGGACCCAUCCCCUCGUCGUCCGCAUCCAAGCCUCACCGCCGCCUCGUGCCCACCUCCUUCCCCCGAUUCAUCCGCGAACCCACCCGCCGGCGAGCGCCCAUGACGGAGGACCGGGCCCACAAGGCCACCGACGAGCCCGCCGCCGCGGGCAGGCAAAGGCCUGAAAGGAAGAAGAGGAAGUGGGAUCAGCCCGCGGAGGACUUGGUCUCCGCGGCGGUGAAGGCUGCUGCCGUGUCGGGGAUGCCCGUGAUUAACAUCGGCGCUCUUCCUGGCGUUGCACUGCCUGGCGUCACCGCCUAUGGAGCUGCUACAUUGCCUAGUGUAGUCCCUGUUCCUUAUUCGUUGCCGCCGCAUAUUGCACCAUUGGUGCUCCAGAAUGCUUCUGCUGCACUUCAGAAAUUGAGUCAGGCAAAAAUACCAGAUGAGGUCAUAGCGCGGGAAGUUGUUAUAAACGACGCUGAUCCAUCCGUGCGAUAUAAGCUUACAAAACGACAAACACAAGAAGAGAUUCAGAGAUGCACAAGCACUGUCAUCAUUACCAGGGGAAAAUAUCACCCUCCAAAUGGACAGCCUGAUGGUGAGAAACCGCUCUAUCUACAUAUCUCUGCUGGAUCUCAGUUGAAAGAUACCGCUGAGCGUAUCAAGGCAGUUGACCGUGCGGCUUCAAUGAUUGAAGAAAUAUUGAAACAAGGCACAAUCUCAGAGUCUACAUUGGUCUCUUAUUCUUCUAGCAGUGGACAGGCUGUUUAUCCUUUUAGUGCCUCGAUAUUUUUGGGUUUUGAUGCAGAUCCAUCAUUAAACAUCGCAGCUCGAAUUCGUGGGCCAAAUGAUCAGUACAUAAAUCACAUCAUGAAAGAAACAGGGGCAACCGUUGUAAUAAGAGGAAAAAAUUCAGAGAAUCUUGGCGGUUGUCUUGGUGAAGCUUCACAGCAACCUCUACACCUAUACCUCACAAGUAUGCAUUUAAAGAGCCUAGAAGCUGCAAAAGUUUUGGCAGAGAACCUCCUGGAUACAAUAGCAGCAGAAUUCGGUGCUUCCAGAAUUUCUUCUUCAAAAGUAUAUGGUGCUGUUCCACCUCCUCAGCAGUUGUUAGCUGGUGUAGAUACCUCAGGAGCAAGAUCGGAUGUCCAUUCUACUUUAAGUCCUAAUGUGUUAGCAGGACCGUCACAUUCCUUUGCAUCUACUGGAGUUAUUGCUCCCAUUGUUGCUCCUGAAGUGACACUGCAAUCUGUGGCUCCAACAUAUUCUGGGGUUCCACCACCCAGUAAUAUGACCUGUCCUAUUCCAUCAGUAAAUGGUGGGACAUUUUACAGUGGCUAUGGAGAUAUUUAUCCCCAAGCAACUCCAUUGCAGCAAGUGGCAUUCACACUCAAGCAUGCCUCAUCGUCGACAACUCAGGCUGUUCCAGUGACAUCCACAUCAACAAGCACGGUGAUAAAAGCGAACUCAAGCUCGGAUGUGGAAGCGGAUAAACGUUCCAGAAGGAAAUUCCAGGAACUACCAGUUUCCAAGGGUCCGACUACAGAAAAUCAGAACUCACAACUGGGGUCCAAAUUUAUUAAGACAGGUCUAGAUAGUUUAUGUGACAUUACUGGUUCAUCAAUUGCACCUCCAAAGAAAGUUCAGCCUGGACCAAAUGGAAUGCUUCCACCAGACCAAGGGGAUAUGCCCUCACAUCUCUCUAUAUCGUAUAAGAUACCACCACCACCCCCGAAGAGCAUGCUGCUGCCUCCAACCAAAAACAUGCCACCUCCAUCACCCAGGAGCAUGCCUCCACCUCCACCCAAAUUUCCUUCAAAUGAGAUGUUGUCAAGAAAUAAGAGCAAGACUUUUGCAUCGAAGGAGCUGAUGGAACCUCCAAAGGAUACAAGAUCAGUCUCGCCGGAGCCUAAGGAGGAAAAACCAAAAGGCGGACCCUUAUCUGAUACUUUGCUGAAGCUUAUGGAUUACGGAGAUGAUAACGACGACGACGAUAUUGAUGUCAUAGACAGCGUACCUAAGGGCAAUCCAACUCCUUGUUCAGAGCAGAAACCAUUUUGGGCGGCUUAACACUGAGUCUGUAGUAGACUGUAGUCUGGUGUGAAAUCAGAAUGGCAGAUAAGGAUUUUCCUGCCUGUGUGUCUUCCUAGUCAAAGAGACAAUGGAGCUUCUUGCUCUUGUUCAGUAGUACUGCUAACAGGCCAAGAUAUUUCUUUGUACCGUGUUUCCAAUUCGAACGUUGUCAAAAUGAACCGUGAGCUGUUUUAACUUAGACAUGAAUAUUUGUUGUUUUAGAUUAAAUGUGAUAGUGGUUUGCAGAAGUCA